AGGGGACGCAACAUGGCGCCCACUGAAUAUGGCUAGUUUAAUAUUUAGUUAUGGUUUAUACCACUCAUAGGUCAUUUUCUCUAUCGAUUCAUAUCUGCAUCUUUAUAUUCAAAAUAAACGAAACGAACAAUUGAGCACCCAUGUAAAUGAGUCAUAGUGUGAAGAUGCCAUCUAACCGAGAAAUAUCACCGUUUUCUCCUUUACCGCCAAUAAAAAAGCGCAUUCGACCAACCUCGGCUUCUGCAAACUUACAAACGCAUCCUAGCUACACUACAGGACUCUAUGACAAUGUCCUACGUACAUCAUCGCUUGCGACUGGAAACCAAACGAUAAAACAGAGACCUCAUACGCAAGCAGGAGGCCCAAGAGAGCAAAAUAGUUAUCGACCUGUGGACACACAUGAGAAUGUGAAGCAUCCACGUAGACUGACUUUGGGCACAGUGGAAGGAAUAGCAGAGCUUGACAGCAUUCUUAGAGUUGGAAACAUUCAAAUAAGUGCAGCACAACAGCUUAAAGAUAAGAUUGAGGAAAAAAUCAACAUUGACACACUUGAGGAACUCAAGUCUGCAUUUAUGUCUGCUGAUGUCAAUAGGACUGGAAGUUUAGACCUUGAGGAAUUUAAAAAACUGCUUAAAGAACAAUUAGGUCUUGGCCCUAGUAAGGAUGCUCAAAUUGACUCCCUCUUUAUGAAAAUUGACUGGUCUUCUGAAGGUGCCAUCUCCUGGGAUGAAUUUUGCACUUACAUGCAGCUUGAGUAUGCUGAAAAAGAAGACUCGUAUCUCAGGGCAAAAGAAGUUUCCUUCCACCUGCCAGCUAAAAUUGAAAGCAUUCCUCACAGAGACCUUGUCCUGCGCAUCACAGAUACCAGUGAUGGGACAUUUAUUGCCUGCAGCCAGGAAGGAACAGUUACAUUUUGGUCUUCAAACACAGAGCUCAAGAGGACUAGGAGUGUUGUGAAUCAAGACAUAAUGAGUAACAGAACCAAGUCAAAAUGGAUCACAGAUUUUUGUCUCAUGCCACAUUUCAACAAACUUAUCGUAGGAACUGGUGACAGAGAGAUUCAAUUUUUUGAACUGUCAUCAUUUGAUCCUUAUUGUCAAAUUUAUGGUCUGGAAACUGUGCCUUUAAAAUUGGACUACAGCUCAACUGGCCAUGAUGAAUGCCUUAUUUUAUUUGGUGACAAUGUUGGUUGUGUUAACAUUUUUGUUAUCAAGUCUGCAGGAGAGUGUCUCAGAACUUGGAAAAAAAUGACUGUACCAGAUGGUUUUAUAGCAACAAUACAUUUAGAUGCUGUGAUUAGUGGUUUCAAUGUUAACUUCAUAAGAUGGCAAGUCCAUGAGGAUUGGGUUGGCCAGAUAAAGUAUUACCAUGAUAUAGGUCAGGUGAUUUCUUGUUCCAACCACCCCAGCACAGCACUUGUUAUAGGUUCUACAACAGGCAGUACGCAUGUUGAGCAGCAGCUGAGAGAAAUCAAAGAUGUCAACUAUAGUCAAGAAAAGAACAAGCAGAAAGCUGCUUAUAACAUUGUCAAGAAACGAUUGGGGGCGGAUGAGACUGUGUUUAAAGUGUACAAAGGAGUUAAGGUUUUUGAUUUUUCAAAAGCUAAAAAUGUGAUUGUUACUGGAGGUAUGGACAGAAUCAUUCGACUCUGGAACCCUUAUGUUAGUUUAAAGCCCACUGCAAUGCUCAGAGGUCAUGCUGCACCAAUAUUUUAUCUAACUAUAGCAGAGGAGGACAACAGAAUAUAUAGUAUAUCAACUGAUCGUUGCAUCAGGGUCUGGGACAUUCAAGAUCACACAUGUCUGCUUACCAUCCGACCGAAAAGUCACAAAAUUCGAGGUGACCUACAGGCAGUCUACUACUCAAAUAUAUCUAGGUCAUUGGCUGUAGCCACGGAUCAGAUGGCCAUAAUGAAUCUCAAACACAAGUCUUCACUGAAUGCUGACAUGGUAGUUUCACACAAAGACCCAGUGACUUGCUGCAAGUAUAAUCCUGAGUUUAAACAGAUUGUUACCUGUUGUUGUGGCUCAAUUGUCAAGCUCUGGGACUUUGAAACAGGAUCUCUGAUAUUUGAGUAUGGAGAGGCUCAUGGAGAGGAAGCAAUCACUUGUAUGACAUUUGACAAUACUAAGAGAAGAUUGAUUACAGGAGGCAGAGAUGGAUCAUUAAAAAUUUGGAAUUACAACAAUGGACACUGUCUUCGAGUUCUGAAGAAAAAAGCUAAAAAGAACAAUGCAGUUCACACUGAUGAAAUAUGUGAUGUCACUUACAUUGAGAUGAACAAAAACAGAUAUGUAAUAGCUGUGGGCUGGGACAAGAGAAUCAAUAUUUAUUACGACACUGUGAAUGAUACCAACAUUCAGUAUGUGCAGCACCCAACUCCAUAUUGGCUGGAUGAUCUGAAAAAUGGCCACAAGGAAGAUGUUCUGUCAAUAGCUCAUUGUUUGCCCAACCUUCUAGCUACAGGAAGCUAUGAUGGUGAGGUGAUUGUCUGGAACAUGGUGUCUGGCCAUAUCUUCUGCCACCUCAGACCUCCACCACCACCUGGAUAUGAAGAUCAGAAUUUGGAUGGUGAUAUGAACAUUGCUAAAUUGAUUUUUCUUCAGACCAGAGCAUCCAAGAAAGAUGCUGGAGCUCUAGUGGUCAGUGGUCCAAGGGCACACAUACAUAUAUGGAAUGUUUCUCAAGGAGGGACAUUAAUGGCACAGUUCCAAGGUUCCUCAAUUAAAGGGUCCAUGGUAUCUCAGCUGGUCAGUAAUAGUGCCAACACUGUUCUAUACUCCAGUGACACCUCUGGCUUUAUCUAUGCCUGGAACUUGACUGAUUACUGCUUAACACGACCUGCCCAUGAGCCACCAGAAUUACUAUAUAAAUGGCGAGGUCAUGUUGAGAGUGUAGCAAGCAUGGACCUGGUUGAAUCAAACAAUGUUCUCGUUACAUCAUCAAGUGACUGUACUGUCAGACUUUGGACACAUCAGGGUCAUUAUAUAGGUACACUAGGACAGUCAGAACAAUGGGACCUUUACAAUCCUUCCACUUUCCAGCAUCCCAUGGUGCCCUAUGAGGUUCUGAUAGACCCACUGAGUCUUCCAUCACACCCAGUUCUGUUGGAGAAGCAGUCAACACAUGACAUCAUUCACCAGGGAGACGAAGACAAGUCCCUUCGCAGUGUGUCUCCCCAAGUUGUUUUCAACACCAAGCAAUCCUAUGUUGUAGAUGAUGAGAAGAUUAAGGCAUUGUUAGAAGAAAGACCAUUUGACAAAGGGACAGGAAAAAGACUGCGACAUGAAAAGCACAAAAAGAUGAGAGACGAAUCCAGUGGAACUAGUGUCUGGCAAGAAAUAAGCUGCCACCAGCUGCAGGAUCCACCAAAGAGGGAAUCCCCAGUGUUUCGUAAAAACAAAGAUGACUACUACGCAGAUGAAUUGCCUCAAUUUGAAAACUGAACUUUAAGCUAAAUUCAGCUAAAGAAACUGCGUCACUCCAAAAGUACUUUUAUAUCAAGAGUUAAUCACAAGGCCUAUCAAUAACCAGCACUGAUUUGUUUCUAGAUGUGGUUGUCUGUUGUUAAACUCCUCUCUGCUUCAUAGUUUAUAUUUUUCAAGUUAUAUUCUUGUACAAAUGUUUUCUUCCUUGUAUAAAAACAAAAAAGUUCUUGUGCAAUUCAUAAACACAUCUAUAUAUUUAUACAAUAAAACCUACAUCUAUAAAGAUUGUAUUAUCUUAAAUAUAUAUCUUAAUGUUAUCUUUUUAGCGAAUGAAUGUUGAAUAUGCUCAAUUAUUUUGUGUUUUACAUAAUUUGUCAUAUAAAAUGAAAAUUUACCUUAAAUAUUCUUUAUUUUGAAAAACUGAUGCUAAAAUCAGAAAAAGUAUGAUUUUUCCCAAUAAAAAAAAAAUAAAAUAUUUUCAAACCACAUUUUUCAAGUUAAAAUAGUUGAUUUGAUAGUAGGAGAAUGUUUACAUAGUUAUGUAAGUAGCUUUCAGUUAUAGUUUUUUUUUACACUGAACAAUUGGUGCAUGCCUGGUCGUAUGCCCUCUGAACUGUCAUCUCGAUGGUCUUGGGUUGAGCUUGGGUUGAGCUCUGCCCCCUGCACUGCAUGAGGUUUGGGUUAGGAUGUAAUAAUCUUCAAGUCUGAAGGAAAUCCCAAAACUUAUAGCGAGAAAUAUUUAGAAAUAUUGUCUACAACUGAAUGACCCAAAUUAAAGUCAAUUUACUUUGUACCUGUACUAUGUUUUACAAUAUUAAAAGCAGAUGAAUUAAUGUCAUUGUUUUAUUACAAUAAAAUCAGAGAUGAUGUUU